GAAGAAGAUAUUCGCAAUGGUAUCAAGCAUAUUGAGAGUGACUGGAUAAAUACUCGGUAUUACAGUGAUCGGAUCACGAUGAUUAGGAGCGCGAAAUUUGGCCAACACCUUGUGGCAAUUUGUAUGUUCUUCAUGUACGGCGGUGCUGUUUUCUUCUAUCUUGCCCUACCGUUCAGUGCCAGCAAAAUUACAGAAGAUGAGGGUAAUCUGACAUAUCGGCCACUAGUGUAUCCAGUCGCCAGGGUGAUUAUCGAUGUACGACACAGUCCUGUCAGGGAGAUUUUUUUUUGGAUGCAGUGCCUAUCAGGCUUUCUCGCUCACUCUAUCACUGCCAGUGGAUGCAGCUUAGCUGCCAUAUUCGCGAUGCACGCUUAUGGCCGCAUGGAGAUCCUGAUACAGUGGAUCGAGCACUUGAUAGACGGACGAGAAGAUUUAUGUGAUAAUAUGAAUGAGAGAUUAGCGAUAAUUAUAGAGCAUCAUGUACGAAUUUUACGUUUUAUUUCAUUGACGGACAGAAUACUGCGUGAAAUAUCUAUCGUGGAAAUUGUACAAUGUACAGUAAGCAUGUGUCUUCUUGGAUAUAAUAUUAUCAUGGAAUGGGAGAGCCAAAAGACUACAAGUUAUAUAACAUAUACUGUUCUCCUUCUAUCUUUUACCUUUAAUGUUUUUAUAUUUUGCUAUAUCGGCGAACUUAUUGCCGAAAAGUACAAGAAGAUCGGUGAGGUAUCAUAUAUAAUCGACUGGUAUCGUAUGUCUGGAAGAAAAAGCCUCGACAUUGUGUUAAUGAUUGCUAUGUCCAAUACAUCGAUCAAAUUUACCGCCGGAAAUAUCUUCGAGUUGUCUUUCACUACUUUUGGAAACGUGGUUAAAACGUCGGUCGCUUACUUUAACAUGCUGCGUACAUUAAAUAUAUAA